UACUCACACACACACACCCUCACUCGUGCAGAGAGCAGAUUGCUGGGAGGGUCGAGCCUUUUCAGCAGGUCCCAAACACUCUUGCACGUGUGUAUAUGGAGGCUGAUUUUUAGACGGACGUCUUUACCUUAUCCCAUUCUUCCUUUCGUUCUUCUCCUUCUCUUCCUCUCCCCUCCUGUAGAUCACCUUUUGUUUUUUUUCCUUUCCUUUCCCUCUUCAUCCUCUCUACGUUUCCUAUUUACAUGUUCUGGGGGAUGAGACCUUUUUGUAUUACUUGGAAAACUGGACAUGCACAUGGGACAAGAUGCUACAGCAGUUUGGUCUCCUUUAGGGUCUACUAAAGAAAACAAGAACUCCACUUGUGGCAGGGGAUGAUUUUAUACCUUAAGGAACUAAAACUGCCGCUUUUUUAAACAUAUUUUUAUCACCAGGCACCUGCUUUUUUGAGACUUCUGAAUCAAUUAGACUAUUUUCUAAAUUAAAAACAAUGUGGACCAAAUUGCGCCUGCUUUCUGCACAGAUAUUUUUCAUUGGGGUGAUGCUCUCUGAAGUGAGCAGCAAAGGAACUUUCUAUGGAGGCCAUAUAAACCCUUUCUAUGGAAAUAGAUACAAUCUCUACAAAGCUGGACUCAACCCUCACUACUCACCAAACAAGCCAAUGACCCGUCACAGAAACCACUGUGCUUACAUGGUCCAGAAGAACAUCACCUGCAUCCUGCAUGAUGGAGUGGAAACCUAUGUGAAAGCUGAAUACACCACCAAGUGCAUCUGGGGACAGAAAUGCCCUGUAGUCAUGUAUAGAACUUUUCACAGGCCAACAUACAAGGUAGGGUACAAGACUGUGACUGAACUCGAGUGGAAAUGUUGCCCUGGUUUCUCGGGUGAAGCUUGUCAUGAUGGUCCUACAACACUACCUGACAUCAUAGGCCCCCAUCGCCCAGGUAUUAAAGGGUUCCCUCAUGGACCUAGACCCCCAGUGGACCAGAAGCCUGAAGGAGCACCACUGGAUCCAGGCAAAUUCUUCCCUGGUGGAGGUGGAAAGCCUAACUAUGGAGUUACAGGUGAACGCUUAGACCGCAUGGAGCAGGACUUGCGUCGCCUCACCCUGGGUCUAGAAACCCUCACUGGGGUAGUGAAUGGCCUUGAGGAGCGACUUCGAACAUCCCUUCGUGAAGAAACCAACAAGCUUCUGGUGUCACUACUGCCUAACCCUCCAAGAGCUCCAGACUCCACGGUGGGAUUUGGAGAGAUCCCAGAUGGGUCCCCUGAUGGACUGGAUGGAGGAGGAAUCCUAACUGGAUUUGGAGACUUAGUAGGAAGAGUGACAGAGGUGAAAGAUGAGCUUCGAGCUAAGACUCACAUUUUGGAAGAGAUUCAGGGUAUGGUCAUCGGUCACGAUGGCCAGCUGAAGAAGCUGUUGGAAGGAGCCGAUGGUAAGCCUAUCACUGGUCCAGGUGCAACGACUUAUCUGGAUGAGAUCCUGGAUAUCAAGCUAGCUGGUGUGAGAGCUGAGAUCCUCGAUGGCUUUGAACAACGUCUCAAUGGCAUGGAGAAUCAUUGUGAUGAGAAGAUUGGGGAGGUACAGCGGCAGUGCCAAAGGGAGCACUUGGACGGCCAGGAGCAGAUGCAGCAGUCUCUGCAGGGCAGAGAAACUGGGCUGAGGGAGGAGCUGGGCUCCUUGCAAGCUCAGAUCCAAGGUCUCACCCUUACCGAGAGCUGCUGUGGACAGGUAAACAGCCUGUCUGACCGGAUGUUGCAGUUGGAAGAAUCAGUAAAAUAUUUAACAGAAUCCCAGAGACAGCUGCAGACAGCCCUCACUGACCAAACCCUUCAAAUAGAGACCCUAGUGGAGACACGCCUAAUCGAAAUGGAGGGUAGAGUCAAUGCUACCAACGGUGGACUUGGUGGGGGUGAAGGGCCUCCAAUUGGUUUGGAUGGUUUCAAAACAUUGCUUGAAGACAAGCUGAAGACUCUAGAGGAGAAACUGUUUGUGGCAGUGGAAGAACUGAGUAAUGCAACUACUCCAGCCAUUCUGGAGGGCCAGGUGGUUCCUGCUCUAGAAACAGAAAUACAGUCUGUGAGGAGGAGAUUGGACGGAGACCUAAGUGGCAUUCAGACACAGCUAUCAGAACUGAAAAUCCUUUGCUCCACUUGUUCACAAUCCACUCCACAAGAGGGAGCUGUCAUUGACCCCUUAGUAGAUGAGGAAUGCAAAGGAAUGGACAAGAAGAUGACAAACCGUCUGGACUCACAUUCUUACAGACUGGACCACCUUAACAGCACCUUGAAUAACCUGUUAGUCCGCCUUUCUCAGAUGGAAACAGAGGGCUCCAUUCAGGGAGAGAUCACUCUGCUUAAGGUCAACAUAAACUCUGUGAACCGAACUCUGAAGGGCCUAAAGGACUCCAUCAGCUUUAUCGCAACUGAAGUAGGCCAUGCUAACUCCACAUGGGAGCAAAGGGAACAUCAAAUCGUCAACCAGAUGCAAGGAAUCACUAAACUGAUGGGACAUCAGUCUUCCCUUCUUGGAACUAGUGAAAGGAGACUGGCAGAGCUUAGGGUUGAGCUAGCAGCUCUAAAAAGACAGUUGUCCGGGGGGCUACAGGGCUGCCGCAGCACAGCAAAGGAGGUGCAGAAAGAGGUAAAGGACGUUGACAGCAGGGUAAGCCAGGUUGAGAGCCAAUGCAGCAGCCUUGGGAAACUUGCAGAGGACUUGGAAAGGAUCAGAGCAGAGCUAGAGAAACACUCUGUCGACAUCCUGAGCCAGGUUAACAGCACCUUGACCACUCAUUCGGAACAGCUAAAUGACCACAAAGGCAAAGUCCAAGACUUGGCACUGAAGGAUUCCCACAACCAAAACGACGACCAGUAGCAUUUAAGCUACAGUGAUUGUAAAAAAGACUCACUGUAUUUGUGCUUCUUAUUAGGCCCAGGAGACAAAAGUUUUGCUUGCUUUGCCUCUCUCGUAUAAAAAAUAUCUAUCCAUAUUUAAAUUGAUGCAACCCACAACAUUUAAUUGACAUAAACUUUUAUUUCUAGUAUUUCAUUUAAGCAUAGCACCGAAAGAAAAUACCUAAAAAAAAAAAACUUCCCAGAGCUUUUUGUUUUGUAGGGCAUUUAUUUUUAUAUUUUUUUCUCAUAAUUAU